GUCAGCUGUUGGUACAAUUCAAAGAAUUCAUAGGUAAAUUAUAUGUUUGGUUAUAUAUAGAAGUAGUUGUGGGCAGAUUGUUAUAGAUUGUAUUUUGAGAAGUAUUUAAAAGGUGGUAAAAUGAGCGAUAGUGAUAGCGACGACUGGUCUGAAGAAUGGAUUCCUUACAGUGAACGAAACGAAUGGGCUGACAUUGUACCGAUUCCUCAAGACGAUGGAGAACAUCCUAUUGUUGCUAUAGCUUACAGUCCCAAGUUCCGAGAAGUGUUUGAUUAUUUCCGCGCUGUACUGGCACAUAGAGAGAAAUCACAGAGAGCUUUGGAAUUAACAGCAGACGCAUUACGGCUUAAUCCUGCAAAUUAUACUGUAUGGCAAUAUCGGCGAGAUAUACUACGAGCCUUGGAAUCUGAUCUCUACGAAGAGUUAGAUUAUUUGGAUGAAGUUAUACGAGACAAUGCCAAAAAUUAUCAAGUUUGGCACCAUCGUCGUGUUAUUGUGGAGAUGUUAAAUGAUUCUUCGAAGGAGCUGGAGUUGACAGAAGUAGCUCUAGAGCGUGAUAACAAAAAUUACCACGCAUGGCAACAUAGGCAAUGGGCCAUAAAAACAUUUGACCUUUUUGGAAACGAGCUGUCUUUUGUGGAUCGUCUGAUUGCGGAAGAUAUUCGAAAUAACUCGGCUUGGAAUCAGCGCUUUUUCGUGCUUAAGCAUUUUGGAUUCACUUCAGAUGUAGUGCAACGCGAGAUUCAGUAUACAAUGAACCGUAUUCGUGUGGUGAAAAAUAACGAGAGUGCUUGGAAUUAUCUAGGAGGCAUAUUGAAAUAUGAGGAUAACGGUACAAGAAACUGUCACCAGGAAGUUUUGUCGUUUUGUGAAGAAUUGUUUACUAGUGGUGUACGAUCGCCUUAUCUAUUGGCUUUUUUAAUCGAUCUUUAUAGAGAUCAAUGUCUACAACAAUCAAAUGUCGCUGAAUCUGACGUAUUGUCGCGAAAGGUUUUCAACCUUUGUAACGACAUGUCAAAAAAAUAUGAUAUUGUGCGGCGUAAAUAUUGGCAGUAUAUUGCAGAACAGUUAAAAAAAAAUUUAACUGAAAAGUAGCUUCUUAAAAUUAAAUUCUCUAGCUAAGAGUAUGUUUAAAAUUUACGGCAUAUUUGUGGAUAUGCAUAUUUUAUCUGUAUUUUUUUUUAAUAAAAUUCUGAAGAAACUAAUAAAUAUUUACUUACAUACACAAG